AUGCCGGUAGAUUUAGACAACUCCUCCACAGUCUCCGGCGACGCAAGUGUCUCCUCCACCGGAAACCACCAAAACCCACUUCCCAACUCCGCCGCUAAGAAGAAACGAAACCUCCCUGGCAUGCCCGAUCCAGACUCAGAAGUGAUAGCUUUGUCACCAAAGACAUUACUAGCAACAAACAGAUUCGUCUGCGAAAUCUGCAACAAAGGCUUCCAGAGAGACCAGAACCUUCAGCUUCACCGUCGUGGUCACAACUUACCUUGGAAACUCAGACAGAAAUCUAGCCAAGAAGUCAAGAAAAAGGUUUACGUCUGUCCCGAAACAAGCUGUGUUCAUCACGACCCUUCACGCGCUUUAGGAGAUUUAACCGGAAUCAAGAAACACUUUUGUCGGAAACACGGCGAGAAGAAGUGGAAAUGCGACAAAUGCUCCAAGAAGUACGCUGUUGUGUCUGAUUGGAAAGCUCAUUCUAAGAUUUGUGGUACCAAAGAGUAUAAAUGCGAUUGUGGUACUCUGUUUUCUAGGAGAGAUAGCUUUAUGACGCAUAGAGCUUUCUGUGAUGCUUUGGCUCAAGAAAGUUCGAGAAAUCAUACUCAUAGUAAGAAGCAGAAUCCUGAUAUUUUGACCCGGAAGAAACCUGUUCCUGACCCGAAAUCUAUAACCGGGUCUAAUCCGGUGGAAACUCAGUCUACUAAAAUCAUAUCUCCUUCGGCUAUAACCAUUAAGCGACCAGAUUCUCCAAAAACCCCUCGUCAAAUCUUGCAAGCAGCUAAAGAACCAACAGGUUUAAACGGUGUCUACUUCGAAUCUUCAUCAGCUUCUCCAAGUAUAUACGCAUCAUCAUCUUCUUCUUCUUCUUCACGGAGUCUAUUCGCUCCAUCUUCAUCCAUUGAACCAAUCUCUUUGGGUCUCUCAACGAGUCACGGAUCAUCUUUUCUCUGCUCAGCAGGGUUUUCAGCUCAGCCGGCAAUGUCAGCUACCGCUCUGCUUCAAAAAGCAGCUCAAAUGGGAGCAGCUUCUUCAGGUGGUUCAUUGCUUCGCGGGUUAGGCAUAGUUUCAUCAACUUCACCUUCUGUGGACACAUUAGUCCCUCAUGGUCUAGCGUUGGGACUGCCUUGUGGCGGUGAAAGCAGCUCGGGUUUGAAAGAGCUCAUGAUGGGAAAUUCUUCCGUGUUUGGUCCGAAACAAACAACGUUAGACUUUCUCGGCUUAGGUAGAGCGGUUGGUAACGGUGGUGGUCCUGGACCCGCUCUAGUUGGACCAAGAGGGAGCAUCGAUGUGGCUGCGACAUUUGGGGCGGGAGAGUUUUCAGGGCAUGACAUUGGUAGAAGAACAUCAUCAUAAGUACAGUCGAACUUCGUGUGUGAUGAUAUCAUGACAUUAUGACAUAAGAACAUCAUCAUCAUAGCUUAGUGUGUGUUGAGUACACGAACGAAAACUUCCUUUUUUGGAGAGAAGGUUUAAAUUUAUAUUACUUUGCAGUUUUUAGUUUUUUUCUUCUGCUGUGUCAAUCGUUUUGCUGGUCCAUAAUGACAAUAUAUUAAUAUGAUACACUAUGACAGCACAACACUAACAUAUGCUACUGAAUUUAACUGUAUAUUAUUUGGC